CCUGAGACCAUGCAGUCCUUCACAACACUAUACAACUUCACUUCACAUAUAUUAUGAUGAAAGGUGCGUUCGAAGUUGUUCAUGGCGCGCUGAGCGUAAUCCAACCCCAUGAACACUGGGACUACGCAUUAUCAGUUGGAGCCAAUUCUCACCAAUUUCUCAAACCAAAGACCUCCGGCGUGCCAGAGAAAAAUGAACUCUCUGAAUGGGUUGAGAAUGUCACCAGGCAACUCAUCGAAGACUUGCCCGAAAGCAACUCCCACACCGAAUCUUCGAUCGUGGUCUAUCACGACGAUGCAGCCCUACUGGGUGAGUUAAGGCCAAAGAAAAUGGCAAAGAGGAGUCAUGGAAAUAAUAAUCUUAAUUUCCAUGAUCCGAAUAUUAAUAUAGAUGGUCAGACAAAGCAGAUGAGCUUGAGUAAAUUAGAUGAGUCUGGUUUAGGGUUAAUUUCAUUGCUUUUGGAGUGUGCAGUUGCGAUUUCGGUCGAUAAUCUUGAAGAGGCUCAUAGGAUGUUGCUUGAGCUGACCCAAAUGGCUUCACCAUAUGGACAAUCGUGUGCCGAAAGAAUUGUGGCUUAUUUUGCAAAAGCCAUGUCUAGUAGGGUGAUGAAUUCUUGGCUCGGAAUUUGCUCACCCUUGAUCAAUUACAAGAAUGUGCAUAGUGCUUUCCAAGUAUUUAAUAACAUUUCGCCUUUUAUUAAAUUUGCACAUUUUACGUCCAACCAAGCGAUUCUUGAGGCCUUUCAUCGACGGGAUAGGGUUCACAUUAUUGAUCUUGACAUCAUGCAAGGCCUUCAAUGGCCGGCCUUGUUUCAUAUCCUGGCAACGCGUAUGGAAGGGCCUCCACACGUGAGAAUGACCGGUAUGGGGAGCUCAAUGGAGUUAUUGGUAGACACCGGAAAACAGUUGUCUAACUUUGCUAAACGCCUUGGAAUGUCGUUUGAGUUUCAUCCGGUAGCAAAGAAAUUUGGUGACUUGAGUGAUGUUUCGGUGCUUCAAAUUCGGAGAGGUGAAACCCUAGCCGUGCAUUGGCUACAACACUCACUAUACGACGCGACUGGACCGGACUGGAAAACCAUGAGAUUGCUCCAAGACCUGAACCCUAGGGUGAUCACAUUAGUAGAACAAGAUAUAUCUCAUGGAGGUUCUUUCUUGGACCGGUUCGUAGGAUCUUUACAUUUCUAUUCAACCAUAUUCGAUUCUCUUGGAGCUUUCAUGCCAUGUGAUGAUUCAAAUCGACAUCGGGUUGAACACGAGCUUCUACACCGGGAGAUCAACAACAUAAUGGCAAUAGGCGGACCUGCAAGAAGUGGGGAGGAGAAGUUCAAGCAUUGGAGAAGCGAAUUAGCUAGAAAUUGUUUCUUUCAAGUCCCAAUGAGUGGGAAUUCAAUGGCUCAAGCACAACUUAUACUUAACAUGUUUCCUCCUACUCAUGGUUAUAGCCUUGUUCAAGGAGAUGGAACUCUUAGGCUAGGAUGGAAAGACACUAGCUUAUUCACUGCUUCUGCUUGGACGUCGCAUGGUUCUUGCUAGAGAUUAAUUCAGUCACUUGAUUCUAAUUGUUAUUAGACCAGUUGAAACGAUUCUUAAUUUAUUUUGUUUACAUAUCAAAUCUAGCACAAAGGGUCAUCAAGUCAUGACUUUAAUUGUUUGUGCUUCUGUUUCAAUAUUCUUGCAUUAGUGUAGUUCUGCGAUUAGGUAUUUACUACCCUCGGUCUAUUAU